AUGAUGGAGACGAGACAGAGCAGUAUUCACUUCCAAAGACCUACUUUCUUACCAAUGUUAUGUUCUAGACCUUCAAUCAAGAACGUGAUCCUCCCGGCUAAAUCAAAUCAAGAAGACCAUAAAACCGAUCCUUUGUCUCCCAAGAUCAGCUGCAUUGGUCAAGUCAAACGCAGCAACAAGAUCGUGGGCUUUCCCACCACCACCUCUUCCUCCUCCAUCACUCCCGCAGCUCACCACCGUUACUUCAAGCUCAAGCGCCUUUUCUCCGGCAAGAAUCUCAGUUUCUCCGCUCCAACAACGACCACCACUAGGAGUUGUCGAGGAAGAAUCAAAAAGGAGGAGCUUAAUAACAAAAAGAUUGGUGUAAUCGACGUUGCUGAUUUGGAUCCGCCUUUGCCGGUGGUUAAGAAGAAGAACGACGGUGGCUGCGGCGAAGAAAAAGCGGCUGAGAAUCUAUGGAAGAGGAGAUCUGGUGGUGGUGGUUGUCAACUUCGGAGUUUGCAGAUUCAAACCAGUGGGACUCAUCUUCUGAAGGUUACAACUGUUUGA